GUCGACGAUAACUCACGCGAAAAGGCACAGAGGCGCCUCCGUGUCCUCCGCGUCCUCAGAGCCGAUGGACGCAGAUCCGAAUCCCACCAAGUCUGCGCGUGUCACCGUUCGUGGCGCUGGAAGCCCUAUCGUGUGCUCGCUACCGCCGACGUGCGCGGCGAGGCCCACUCCGCUGGCCUCUUCGGUGGAGAUGGAGGCGCACUAUGCGAAGUACCAUGCACACGUCUGUGAGGUUGAUGGUUGUGGGCUGGUCUUCCCUGACGAACGACUGCUUGAUCUGCACUUUACCGAAUGUCACGACUCUCUGGCAGCUACGCGGCAGGCCCGCGGGGACAAGAUCUUCGAAUGCUUUGUCCCCACCUGCCCCCACCGCUUCGCGCACCCCAAGGCCCGGCGCCUGCACCUCAUCGACAUCCACAAAUACCCCAAACAGUACUUCUUCGCCGUCACGAACAAGGGCAUCGGCGACAUGCUCCGCAAGUGGGGCGACGGCGCGAGCAUGGUGCGCGGGGACUGGAAGCCCCGCGAGGGCGAGAGGGAGCGAGAGCCCGUGAGCGAUGAUAAUGACGAGAUCCAGGAGGACUUUGCGCCGUCGCGCAACGCGAGCGAGGUAGAGGAUGCGGAUGCGACGGUGCGUCCGCGCAAUCGCAAUAACAGGCGGGGCGGCAGGCGGAAGCAGCGCGGCCCGGCGGGGGACGACGAUGUCGAUAACCUGGCCGACUCGAUGAGCUCGCUGCACCUGGUCCCUCCUGCUGUACGCUUCGGUCGCGGGGGUCGUACAUCGGGCUUCGUGCACCCUCGGGCUCCUGACCACGACGCGGCACACGGUGGCGCGCACACCGGUCAUGCGCAGAAUGGGCAUGGGGUCGCGCAGAACGGACGCGGGAACACACAGAACGGUCACGGCGGCUCGCAGUCUAGCCACAACAGUGCCCGUACUCCGCGGCCCUAUGAGGGCUCUCAAUCUGAGAUGUCGACGGACGACACGAUGGAGACGCCGCGCGCUGUUCCGCGAGGGCUGCCGCCUCAUCAGGAAGGGCGCGGCCGAGGCGGUGGAAGGGGCGGUCCGAUCCGUGGGCGCGGUGCGCUAGGUCGCGGGUCGAGGGGAAGAGGCAGGGCCCUCUGAACUUGCUGUACGUGCCACGAUGAUGCGUAUGUCCCAUCGUUGUAUCAUACCACCAUCUUUCCCCGACAUCUGGUCUUGCUCUGGACAUAUGGUUACUGACGCUACUACUGAUCCUUGCCUCUUGCUGGAAAUCCACACGUCCUGUCCAAUUAUCAUUAUCGUGAGCCUGACAAAACAGAGUCACAGUGCAGCGUC